AUGUCUUCUCGAAAACGUUUCAAUAUUGAUUCUGUCGAAUUGAAAAAAUUACUUAAAAAAGUAAAAAAUUUAGAAAAGAAAGUCAAUGAUCGUAAACGUCGUCGGAUAAUUGAAGAAAGUUCUUCAUCAUGUUCAUCGUCAUCAGAAUUGGCGGUUUCUUCACCAGCUCGGAGCCGUGCGCAGUCACCGGAAAACCUAGAAGGUAGCGGAAUCCAGCAAGUUCCCGUUGAUGUCCAUGACAUCCCACGGCUUCACAGCCGUUCACCCAGCCCAUGUAGGGGUAAUCUCGUCGCCGAAAAAGAGAUGUUACCGUUGACCUGUCCUCCUACUGCUAAUACGGAGAUUCUCGAUGAGAAUCUUAUAGAACUAGAUAGUUCUAUUUUGGAAAUUCUUGGAGAAGAUCCCACGGCAGCUACCACAUAUGGUAAAGAUAUUCAAAAAGACCUGGCCGUUCGACUUGAGCAUAUCGCAACACAAGGGUUAUCAAAGGAAACCCGCAAGGAGUUGCUCGAAAAAUUCCUCAUACCGAGUAAUUGUACUCUUAUUGAUGCACCAGCCAUUAAUCCUGAAAUAAAGGGCGCUAUACCUAUAGUAGUUGCAAAAAGAACUAAAGCUAUGGAAUACAAACAAAAACAAUUAGCUGGUGCUAUUGCGGGUCUCAGUAUAAUCAUAACUCAAUUAAUUAACAAGAAAGAUUCUAACUCGGAAAUACUAAAAAAUUUAAUGGAUGUUUGUCGGUUACUGUGUGACUGUCAACACAAUGAUUCUGUUACAAGGAAGGGAUUUAUUCUGAGCACUCUUAAGAAAGAUAUGAAAGAACAAAUAGAAAAUACUAAAAUAGAUAAGUUUUUAUUCGGUAAUGACUUGGCCGAAACUUUAAAAGCCGCUAAGGCUAUAAAUAAAUCUAGUGCUGAACUUAAGCCAGUUCCUGUCAAGCAACCUACAAGAAAAGCAGCUAAUUUCUCUUCAAAAAACGUGAAAGCACCCCCGAAUCGUCGGGGGACUACAUCAACAUCACAAAGACCCCAGGAGACUGCGCCGGAGCGGCGGACGAAGCUUCAGCGCGCCAGCUCGUCGAGGACAUCGCAGCGAGCGUCGAGACACAACCACCGCUAAAUUCGGUAAAAUAUGCCGGUAGACUUUCUCAUUUCUACUGCCAAUGGAAAUGUUUGACCAACGAUCCUACCGUCUUAUCAUGGAUAAAAGGUUAUGAAAUACCUUUCAUUGAACCACCAGUUCAGACAGUGUUGUAUCAACGAACGACAUUGCCUUCUAGUACUGAGAAAAAAUAUUUCGCAAAAGCCGUUCAUAACCUUUUAUCUAUUGGAGCAAUAUCUACAUGUGAACCCUGCGAAGGUCAAUUUAUUUCAAAGGUAUUUUUAAUACCAAAACCAAAUGGAAAAAUGAGAUUUAUACUAAACCUUAAACAACUUAAUAAAUAUAUUAAAACUUGUCACUUCAAAUUAGAAGAUUUAAGGACAGCUGUAAAACUUAUCUCGAAAGAUUGUUUUAUGAGUACAGUUGACAUAAAAGAUGCCUAUUUUUUUAUAAAA